GGGGAGGGACCAAAACGCAAUUCUGCUCCUCUUCCCUCGUCAUACCACCCCCACCCAGCCGGCGCCGGCGACCACCACCACCGCUAGAUCCUGCAUUAAAUCCGCCAAUCACGUCACAGCACAACCGCAUAAAUUCUCCUCCCACGCAUCCUCCUCUCCUGUCGGUUUCCUUGGUUCAUUCCCUCCUCUCGUUCCGGUUGCGGAUUUGGAUUUGGGGAUCGCGGUUUCGAGAGGGAGAUGGGUUACAUUGGUCACCACGGCGUGGCGACGCUGCGGCGGUACAAGUACAGCGGCGUCGACCACUCGCUCGUCGCCAAGUACAUCCUGCAGCCCUUCUGGUCCCGAUUCGUCAACAUCUUCCCGCUAUGGUUCCCGCCAAACUUGAUUACACUGACAGCCUUUAUGUUUUUGCUGACAUCAGCAUUCCUUGGCUUCCUGUAUUCACCACAUCUAGAUACAGCACCCCCUAGAUGGGUUCAUCUUGCUCAUGGCCUACUUCUCUUCCUUUAUCAGACAUUCGAUGCUGUGGAUGGAAAACAAGCAAGGCGUACCAACUCAUCAAGUCCUCUAGGAGAGCUUUUUGACCAUGGAUGUGACGCGCUUGCAUGUGCGUUUGAAACCUUGGCUUUUGGAAGCACAGCAAUGUGUGGAAAGGCUACCUUCUGGUUUUGGAUCAUUGCAGCUGUCCCAUUUUACUGUGCAACCUGGGAACACUUUUUUACAAAUACACUUAUUCUUCCUAUAGUCAAUGGACCAACUGAAGGCCUUAUGCUGAUCUACUUGUGCCAUUUUUUCACCUUUUUCACAGGAGCUGAGUGGUGGGCACAAGAUUUCCGGAAGUCAAUGCCCCUACUGGGUUGGGUGCCUCUUGUUACUGAAAUCCCGGUAUAUGGCAUCGUGCUGUGUCUAAUGAUUGCUUUUGCUGUAAUCCCGACAAUUGGAUCUAACAUUCACAAUGUUUAUAAAGUCGUCGAAGCAAGAAAAGGAAGCAUGAUGCUGGCACUAGCAAUGCUCUUUCCUUUCGGUUUGCUCUUGGCUGGAGUUCUUGUCUGGUCCUACCUGUCUCCUUCAGAUAUAAUGAGAAAUCAGCCACAUCUGCUGAUUAUUGGAACUGGUUUUGCGUUUGGAUUUCUUGUGGGAAGGAUGAUUUUGGCUCACUUAUGUGAUGAACCCAAAGGUCUGAAGACAGGGAUGUGCAUGUCCCUAGCAUAUUUUCCAUUUGCAAUUGCAAAUGCGCUGACUGCCCGGCUUGAUGAUGGGAAUCCCCUUGUUGAUGAGCAGCUAGUUCUCCUAAUGUACUGCCUAUUUACAGUGGCGCUGUACAUGUAUUUUGCUACUUCCGUUAUUCAUGAAAUCACCAACGCACUUGGGAUCCAUUGCUUCAGGAUCACUAGGAAAAAGGCAUAAUUCUGAUCCUUGCACUGGUGUGUUGCCCUGGUCGGUGGCAUUCACACAUGGUAUCUGCCAAAGAAGCAGAUGUCUUAUUUGUGUCCAUCGCAGGGAGGCUGCUCUGCGAAGCAUAUUUGCAUCUGUCAUUACGGAGAUGCUGUCCCCUGAAAUUCACAUCAGAAUCAAGAACUUAAUCAGAUGAGAAAACAAUGUAUUUACGAAGCAAUUGGUAACAUUUUGUUGUAUCUUGCCUUGAGCUGAUUGGUAACAUUUUGUUCAUGCGAUGCUCGGCAAAAUGGCUUUUUUGGGGGAAUUUGUCGAGCUAAUUGGCAGAUAAUGCCUUCCAAGUUUUUUCACAUUGUACCAUCCACUGCAAAGUUGUCAGCAUUGUUAUAUAAGUAAAUCUUGCCAUAGUUAAA